AUGCCGCAUUCGGGACAAGCCGGAAUCAAUCAGCUUGGGGGUGUUUUCAUCAACGGAAGGCCGCUUCCCGAUUAUAUACGGCGGAGGAUCGUCGAGCUCGCCUUGAUGGGAGUUCGACCCUGUGAUAUUUCGCGGCAACUUCUUGUGUCACAUGGAUGCGUAUCUAAAAUUCUCACGAGAUUCUAUGAGACCGGCUCGAUCAAGCCGGGAUCAACCGGAAGUCCAAAAGGAAAGAUUUCAGGUAGAGGUCAGCGUAGGCAAUACAAUCUGAAACGAGCGCAGGGAUUGGCGGUAGAACGGCAGGAUAAUUUCCCUGGACUCGAUCUGAGGAAUACGAUGACAUCUCCGCACGGAGCAGAAGUUCCAGCGGCGAGAUCAACGCCUUUCGUCAAUCCUUUCCUGUUGAUGAGGUCGCCAUCGAGUCCAUUGAGCGCCAUAGCUCCUCUGAGGAACCACGAUUUCAGCCUCCGGAAUAUAUCCACAAUCCCGCAGGCCAGAGACGUCUCGCCGUCUACGUCAGGGGAUCCGCAAAUCCCAGCUCAGGAAGCGUCGAGCGCGUCGAGAAACGCGAAGAAUUUCUCGAUUGAUGCAAUCCUCCAAGUUCAACAACAAUUCAAGGCUUCGAACGACGACAACCGCGGCAGAGCGCAAGGCUCGGGCAACGUUGACGAACAUUCUCGCUUCAAUAUCGACCUACACUCGCGCAUCGCUGCGCACUGGCUCGGACUGUGGAACACGCAUUUCUUGCGACAGCCCCUACCGAUCAGCUUGAGGAGAGAUGAGGGCAAGUCCGACGAUGCGGACACUUCCCAAGAUAAUCCAGAGGUCACCAACGUCGAGGAUGAGAACGGGAGUCGCGAAGGCUCACCAGAAGCACCGGACAGCACCCAGAAGGAAGAAGAAGAAGUCGACGUGCUCGGAGUUGACAAGUAG